AUGGUUGAUACUCAUACUAAACAAAUAACAGCAACCACUAUCAUAACAAGCGAUAAUAAUAAUGACGAUAAUAUUGAAGUAGCUAAAAUCAUCCUCAAAGAUUCAGUACCUUCAUCUAGUUUUGAUGAUGAUCAUUCAUGGGUGAAUCGUGUUAAUCCUUCAUCUGUUAAUUCAUUAAUGUUUGAUAAAUUUCCAGGUUUACGACAUACAGUACUAACAUCAAGACCUGCUUCUCCUUCUCCGCCAUCGAUCUUUGAAUUGAACAAAGAUUAUAGCCGUUUAGUACGUGAAAAAGUUAAAGAAAUAGAAAAGCAAAUUGAACUAUUUGAAAAAGAAAACGCAAAAUUACAAUUACUUUGUAAUCUACGUAAUUUAGCUAUAAAAAAUAAAACAACAUCGUGGUGA